CUCUAGCACCGCAUGCCCCCUCGUUAAUAUCAGCAAUCCUCACAAUAAUGCCCCCUCCCCCAAACACGCCCCAGUCAAACGCAAACGCAAAUCCCAAUCCCCCUCCCACCAACGCCUCCGCCUUCCUCGCAACCGUGCUCAACCCGCCAACCACCGCGUCCCGCACGCCGCCCCAUCUCCGCAUGAGCUCGAACCGAGGAGGACAGUCCGAAUUCACAGCGACCCAGCGCUCCCUCCAAGCGCGGAACAAACCAUAUGAGGGUGCAGCGGCGACGCGAGAGGGCGAGGCAUACGAGACGCGGCAGCGGCGCGAGGAAGCGGCGUCGAUACUGCAGAACCUAGAAAUGCUGAUAUGGUAUAGUUCCGCGAGGAAUGAGAGCCUCUCGCAAACCCGGCACCACUUCCAGAACGUCGUCCUUGGCGUCGACCGCGACGACGACAUACAAUGGCUCGAGGAAUGGGAGGUGCCGCCUGAGCGGCGGGUGCGGAAAGACGGCGAGGAUACGGUUAUGGGAGGAGGGAGUGGUAGUAGUCCGGCGCGGAGUGCGAAGGGGAAGGAGAGGGAGAAGGGGAAGAGGAAGGCUUGAACAUAUCCUCCUCCCCACGGCACACACAAGACGAGAACAUGAUUUACGAAUUUGCUUGCAUACACGAGGUUUUCAUCUUGGGUUUUCUUGGUUAGAGCAGCAUUAUACCCCCUAGUGUCUAUUUGCAAGUCAGAUUGAUAUAUUCAAAAGCGCUUCA